AUCCUACGUUACCGUUUAUCAUAAACGGGCGUAGUUCAUCUUGUGUAUACCAUCGCGAUAAAUUCAUAUUACAGUUUCAUCUCGUUAAAUAAUCUUCAAUAUUAAUUUCGAGACGCAUUUCGACCUUAUAUAUAUCGGUUUUACAAACAGUGCGAUUCGUAUUCGAGCUCGCCAUAUAAAAACAGCCGAACAUGGGUGCCAAAUCUUCAUCUAUACAGAGAAGACAUAGCGAUUACGGCCAACGAAACGCCAGCACCAGAAGCCAGGGGAGUAUGAUGGUCUCCGGAGGAAAAAUGUGGGGCAGCGCGAGAGGGUGACCAGAGGUUUUGCCUCUGGGCACGGAUACAACAAUGGGUAAUAAGCUGAGUACCUGCUCCUGUGGCCCUCUCAUUCGAAAAGCUUAUCGUUACGAAGAUUCGCCAUGGCAAAAUUGCAAAAGAAGAGACGGACAUUUAUUAAGAUUAUGGGCCGAAGUAUUUCAUGUGAGCGCAAGCGGCACCGGAACUAUAAAAUGGGCACAAGUUUCCGAAGAUUUGGUUCCAGUAAAUAUUACUUGCAUACAGGAUCAUCCGGAGUGUGUUUUUCAUAUAACAGCUUACAAUAGCCAGGUGGAUAAAAUUCUUGAUGUACGACUCGUGCAACCAGGGACCAGAAUCGGACAAGCGUCUGAAUGCUUUGUUUAUUGGAAAGAUCCUUUAACCAAUGAUACUUGGGGCCUUAACUUUACGUCUCCCAUCGAUGCUAAACAGUUUAGAGAAUGUUGCUCACCCUCUUUCAAAUUUUCUCGCAAAGCCUCGUCUUCCUAUUCUUUAAAACUAGAACCUCCGAAUAAGCAAAGUAAAGUGAAAACUAAGCGAAAACCAUUAUCAACACCAGCAUCUCCAAGUAGAUCGAGAGAACCUCAAUGCACUUGUAUGACAGCAGAUCAGUACGCAAGGCUUAAAGCUCAGGAUCCCAGAUUUAGAGGAUCAUCCACGUUACCUCGCACGCAAUCUAAAUCAGAAAAUGGUACAGAUGUUUCUGGUUCCAAUACGUUACCGAGUAGAGAUAAGGUUACAACGGGUACCUCGAGUGGUUCGUUAUACGAUACCGUUGGAUCGGAUAAGAGUAAAUCAACAGGUUCGAUUAAACAAAUGAAAGAUCGCGAAACAGCCACACCAGGUGGGAAAAUAUCCUCUCAUAUCACCGCAAAUGCUCAAACACCUCAUGCUACCACCAGCACCAGUACAAGCACAUCACAAACUGACGAUACCGAAGGUACGUGUAAAAGCGAAGGAGUCCAAGCUGGAAUACAUAAAACAUCUACGGGGACUUGCACUCCACGUUUGUCAGUUUCUGGUAAAGAUUACAUGGAUGAUCCGAAUAUCAUCGUUAACCAUAUGUCAUCGUCGAAUGUCGGCCAUGGUAGAAAUAUUAGAAGCAAUACUAUGAAUAAAUACAUGAGAGAUGAUCUCAGAAGAGGAGCAGGGAAUGGAAUGAACGUAGAUUCCAAUACUUUGAAACGUAUGCUGAAACCAAUGCCAUCUUUGGAGAGUCCUGUAACUAGUCCGGAGAUGUCUCGCAGACGAUACCAUUACUAUCCUUUAAAUGCAGCUCAAGGAGGCGGUUACUAUCAUCAUAUGAACGAUAGUGCUAGAGACGGCGCUCUUUCGGAACCAGAGACACAUUCGCGACAUCGACCAUCGAGAAUAUCAGGUUCAAGAUCAACUCACGAUAUAAGUCGCGAACGAGACUACGCUACGAAUCGUUUGUACUUGGAUUUAGAUCGCGAUGGCAGAACCCACGGAGAUUUUGAAGACGCUUCGCCACCUUCCGAUAAUGAUUUAUUUGAUAACCAGUGUUACGCCACUACACCCAGCUCAAGCAAUGGUAAUUCAGACUUAGACCAGCCGUCACAUACUGUAGGAGGUCGAGUAAAUGCGGAAAAUGCAACUGUAAGCACACCCAGUUCACCUACCAGUAGAUUAUUACUCGAAUACGAGAUGCAUUUACGAAACACGUUGGCGCGUGGUAUGGAUGCGGAGAGUUACAGUUUACAUACAUUUGAAGCGUUACUCACUCAAAGUAUGGAAAAUUUAGAAUUUGCUGAAAAGUUACCUCAAAUAAAUACCAGGAGCCCGCACAUUAGUAGACGCAGGCAAAUGGGAUCGAAUAGCAGCAAUAAAACUGCAACAUUACCUCAUCGUCUUAGUUUAGAUCGAGCAAAUAGUACGAGCCGAGAUCGAGAAGGGUACUAUAGCGAUAGAAACGAAUUAGCUAGAGAACGAGAUAGGGAUCGUGGUUACCUUAGUGAUAGAGAACAACGAGAUCGCGGUUACCUUAGCGAUCAUAAUAUUUCAUCAAAUCGAUGUAACUCGUGCCUAGGCGGUUCCUCGCGAAGUCAGUGGUUCCGUCACAGCGACGGUUGGCGUUCCGGUACUUCAACCAUGAGCAGCAUGAGCAGCGCUGGACCGUACGGUUUAGGUUCUUCAUUCCAAAACGAUGUUCCUUUAAAUACAAAACGAUCCGCGUGGGAAUCGUUACCUUCGCUUCGGCACGAAGGUAGCAUGUCUGACGGUGGCUAUAAAUUAGGAAGAUCAGAUUCCCUCGAAAGAAGAGCGUUGCGUGAUAGACACGAUCCGUACCGGUACGAUCGCGAUGGAAUGUUGUCUCAUCAGACAUCAGUGGAGAGCACCGAUUCCAAACUAUGCUAUUUAACAUCUUCAGAGAUGUCUGAUGAUGAUCGUAUGUCGCUGACGACGGCUAUAAGCGAUGAUGAAGAUAUCGACGAAAGUUUACAGAAUUCACCAUAUAGUAGAGCUAGGAAAGCUAAUUCUGCAUCGUUUAAUUGUACCGGAGCUGUACGCAAAGCUGGAUUUUUAAGCGUGAAAAAGUGGCUGCUGAGAAAAAAGAAACAAAUAGAAUUAGCGAGAAAACGAGGCUGGAAAGGUUACUGGGUCUGUCUGAAAGGCACGACGCUGUUAUUUUAUCCGUGCGACUCAAGAGAAAGACAUUCGCCGGAUGCUGCUCCGAAGCAUUUAAUCAUCGUGGAUGGCGCCAUAAUGCAACCGAUUCCUGAACACCCAAAAAGAGAUUAUAUAUUUUGCCUGAGCACCGCUUUCGGAGACGCUUAUUUGUUUCAGGCUCCUUGUCAAGUUGAAUUGGAAAACUGGAUAAACAGCAUUCAUUCGGCUUGUGCGGCAGCAUUCGCAAGACAUCGCGGAAAAACUGGAACGUUUCAUUUGUUAUCUGAAGAAGUGUUUAAAGUCGAAAAAGCUCUAGAAUCGGAUCACAAAAUGAAGCACAUGGCAGAAUUACAACUAAGUGUCGUUUCCGAUCCGGAUAUGAAACAGCAGUUAAGCAACCAAAUUAUGCAAUACGAGGAAAACAUGGAAAGAUUAUAUUGCGAACAGUUCCGAUUAAGAUGUUACAUUUCCAGCCUUCAAAACGGAGAAUUACCCAAUCCAAAAAAUCUUCUAACUCACGUGUCUAGACCAACAAAACACGCACUUAACAAGCUCGGAGUGUUCACGGUGUCCUCUUUCCAUGCUUACAUAUGCUCCAGAUCGCCUUCCCUAUUGAAUAACUUAUUAGCUGGUAGAGGUUCGACGAAACGUAGAGCUCCUAUGUUGUCACGUUCAAAUAGCGCCUCCAGUAGACGUUCUCUAUCCAUGUCUUCCAGAGAUGAAGAAAGAACAGUUAAAGUUAGUCUUCCAGAUAAUCAGACAACGCAAAUAUACUUGAAAGACGCGAUGACUGUAGAAGAAUACAUAGCUAGCGCUUGCUUACGUAAGAAUCUAAAUCCAAUGCAACAUUUUGUACGUGUGAAGAAACGAAAAGACAUGGAAGAUCAUAAUUAUUUCGUACCUCAUAGAUCAGAUUUGAUAGAAACAUAUUUAAACACACACGAAAUAGUGGAAAUAUGCGUGAAAGUACUAUAUCAAGUGGAACUGGUACGUACUAGCGUGGAUCACAUGUGGGGCUUUUCCGUGGAAGCAGAACUGAUUGAAAACACUGACAGGCAAGAUGAAUUGUGCGUUUGGGUUAGCAGAGUAGAAGACAAGGGAACAGCUGUGCUUAAUGGUAUUAUCAAAGGAGACGAAAUAAUGGUGAUCAAUAGCUCUAUCGUGAGUGAUUUAGAUAUGAUGUACAUAGAAUCAGUGCUGCAAGAAGAACUUUGCUUAUGUAUGAUGAUGAGAUCAUCGCGUAUAGAGCCUCCUAGUGUAGCAACAACUGCAAGUAUAUUACGCAAUACUGACGACAUAGAAUCUUUAGUUUGCCCACCUCCUCCAACUGAUCCGCCUGUGAUAUCCGAAGAAAUGAUUUCCGGUUUGAUAGUACCAGCCCCUUGUUACACUAAAGACCAGCAGACUGAAAUGGUAGAGCCUCAUCCUAGACAUUCUAAGAAGUUACCAAUACCACGCGAAAGCGCAAAUACAGCUUCAUCUCAAACGAGUACAAUUACUCACACGCAUACAGAGAGUGGAAAACAACCGUCACGAGCUAGUUCAUUAGAAAUUGAAAAUUUAGUCAAGAGCGCCGGAGAAGUGACAGGAUUCUGUAGAUCACCUGUAGAAACUGAACGGUCCAGUCCUACUGGUAGUGUGCUCAGUAGCCAGUCUCAACUCCACACAGCUACCACUCCUAAUAAAGUAUUGACCGAUGCAGAGAAACUGAGAAAAGUCAUCUUAGAGUUAAUAGAAACCGAAAGAACAUACGUUAAGCAUCUGAAUAACUUGUUAGAAAACUACUUGGAACCAUUGAAAAAAGAGACAUUCCUGACAACCGCCGAAAUCAGCGUUUUAUUUGGUAAUAUUUUAGAAAUUAUCAACUUCCAACAUCAAUUCUUGGAAAAUCUUAAUGAAGCUUUGGCUGCCGAAGUACAUUUCCACGAAUUCGAUCAUCCUAGUCAAUUCAAGAAUAUUUUGUUCUCAAUUGGAAGCGCAUUUUUAUAUUAUGUAGAUCAUUUUAAAUUAUAUAGUUCAUUCUGUGCUAGUCAUUCCAAGGCUCAAAAAAUUUUAAAUCCCAACGAGGGUAAUUACGCUUUACAAGAGUUCCUUGCUGCUCGCAAUCCACGCCAGCAACAUUCUUCUACUUUAGAAUCAUAUCUAAUUAAGCCAAUUCAAAGGAUAUUGAAGUACCCAUUGCUCUUACAGCAAUUGAGAAAUCUGACUGAUCCAAAUACUGACGAACAUUUACAUUUAGUUGAGGCUCUUAAGGGUAUGGAAAAAGUAGCCGAACACAUAAACGAAAUGCAAAGGAUACACGAAGAAUACGGAGCAAUAUUCGAUCACUUGUUCAGACAACACCAAAAACCUAUUGAUCUCAGCCCAGGCGAUUUAUUAUAUUACGGUGGUGUAGAAUGGAUUAAUAUUUCCGAUUUCAUUGGAAAAAUCAAAAAAGGCUUGGAAUUACAUGCAAUGUGUUUCGUAUUCAAAUCAGCUGUUGUGUUCCUGUGCAAAGAACGUAUUAGGCAAAAGAAAAAAUUAAUGAGCGUAUCGACGAACAAAGGAGGGGAUGUGGAAAUCAUCCGAUAUCAAGUUCUUAUACCAGUGACUGAUGUGCAAGUUAGAACCAUGGCUAAAGAAGGAGAAGAUCAUUUCUUGUGGGAAUUAGUUCAUAUGAGAUGUCAUCCACAAAGACGUUCAGAACGUGUAUAUUUGCUAUCAAAUAGCACUAAUGAUUUUCGAAAUGCAUUCAUCAAAACCAUCCGGCAAACAAUAAGAGAAAGUGUGCGUAACAUGAAUAUUCCGGCUAAUAAAGCACCACAGCUACCAAAAAUUCCAAUAAAUGUUAUGACUCCUCGAACACCGAUGUCAGCACCUCCUGUGGAAAAAUCUGUCGAGAAAAUGCUACCUUCUGAAAAUCCUCCAACAAAAAUGACCGAUAGCGCUACUCACACGGUUCAAAAUCCACCUGCUAAGCUUAAAAAGAUACCACCGAAACCUCCUCAGAGGCGUUCAUCUACUGUAACUACUGAACAUAAUGAAAGCAACGUUGAAAAAUCAACCAAAUCAAAACCAGAUUACGAUCCAGGAACUAAAUCCGAAGGAGAAGAAGACAGUCAAUGUUCGACAAUUCGAGAAAAAAGUAAAACAUUAGGCAAAACACCGAAUCAUCUCACAUUGAGCACAGCGUCAACUUUAUCAACCGGUAGUACAGGUAGCCAAGCUCGUCUGAUUCAGUCUUCUCAGCACCCAGAAAACUACCAGCCUCCAAUUGUGAAAGAUUUAGGGUCACCAGUUUGGAAACCUCGUGACAUGGGUGAAAGUUUAACCCUGCCAAGAAAAAACAAAACACCCAGCACAUCGGUGGAAAGUCGAACACUGGUCAGGAAACCGAAUUCGAAGAAAGAAAAAUUAUAAAAAAUAGAAAAACUUCUCAUUAUCUUAAGCGAGUGAUAUGCGAUAACGGAAUUUAGUUCAUGAAUCGAAAUUUUAUUUAAUUGUAUCAGCAUAUCACCGAUCGAGAUGAAUAUAAAACGCGAAAAGUUUUAUAAAAUUGAUUACUUGUAUCACUUUACUACUAUAAGUGUUUUCUGCGUUGCUCAACUUAAUCGUUGUAGUUCGGUUUAUAUUUUUGUCAUUUUUUUUAUUAAUUGAAAAAAAAAAACUGAAAAAAAUAACGCUUUUUACUUGUAGAUUAUUUCUAGUACCUACGUUUUUUUGUUUUUUUCGUUUGUAUUUUGCACAUUCGACAUCAACAUAUUUAAAAAAAACACUGCGAUAACGAUCUGCGAUUGUAAAAUUAUUAUGUAGAAAAGCAUUUCAAUAAGGAUGGGUUACCGUUGUACCUAAAUAAUCGCAAAUAUUUUUCUCUGUAUAUCGGAUAUUGUACAAAACCGUAAAAUGUAUUAUAUUAUGUACCUUCUUUUUGUUUAUUUUUAGGUCGUGUUUGCUUUCCCGUUACAACAACUACGAACAAACGUGUUUCAUCUUUCUUUUUUUUUUUUUUUUUUGAGCUUACAAAUUAAAUUUGAGUUAAACUUGCGUGUGGUAAAUAAAUUGUUAAAAAAAUAGCCUAAACGGCUUUAAUGUUUUUAAUAACCUUACAUGUCUUCGCUAAAUGUUUGUGUUAAUGUAGGUACAAGUAACCAGCAAAAGAUUUUAUCGAAUUACGACUCAAUCGUUUGCAAAAUAGAACCUAUUUAUUUGAAAAUCGAAAUGAAAUUUUUAUAAAAAUUCACAAAAUAAAUUGAGUCAUAAUUCGAAUCUCGUUGAAAGAUUUUAAUCGAUUGUACAUAAAUAAAUUAAGCAAGUGAUAAAUAAAAUGCUACCAUUAAAAAAAAUAAAGUACAGUACUUGACAAAAAAAUAUCCAAACUGAGUUUCAAUGGGAACACUCAAAACAGUAUGAAAUAUACAUAUAAUUUCCCAUUUCAACGUGGAAUAUAGUGCUGUGAUUUCACAAAGAAAUUAUACCAACGUAUUAAGAUUUUUCAAUUACCAACGUGGUAUAACGUUACAUUAAAAACAUUUGUGAUAAAUUGAAAAAAAAAUCGUAUUAAAUACUCUAAUUUCAACUAUCACGGCAUAAUAAGCCAUUAAAAAUACGAAUCUCGAUCGUAUCUUUAGCUUGGAUAUAACUGGCGUAAUUUAUGUGACCCGCUCAAAAACCCCUCGAGAAUCUACCCUUUGAAAAAUUUUCACGUUUCGACACGUUAGUGAACGUAGUAAUUACGCUGCACUGUUACCUUAGUUUAUUUCCCAUUAUAAAUUUUAACGUAUUUAGUUACUACUAAUUGUUAUUGAUCUGUUACUAUAUUUUAACCGAAUAAAUAUAGGAUGGAUAUCAAAUAUUAUGUUACUUUUAAAAUUAAAAUCCUUACGGAGAUAUAUUGAGGAAAAAAAUUGUAUUAAAGAAUUUUAGAAAAUACUGUCGGUUGUACUCCCCUUAUACAUGUUUGUACACCAACACUCGUGUAUAUAUGAAGUUAUACAACAAUCAUAUGUAUUACGAAUUAUGUAAGCUUUAAUAAUGUUUUGAUUACAUUCGUUAUUAUCAUUAAAUACUUUAUUAUGAAAAAGAAAAUAUACUAUGUUUGUUUUGCGUGUUU